CGAAGCGGGAGGCCGGGCCGCCGGCCCCGUCAGUGCGCCAGCGGCCGGCGGCGCGGAGGCCUCGGGGCCGGCGGAGCGGGAGCGGGAGCGGGAGCAGCACCAGGACCAGGCGCCGCGCGCGCGCGCGAGCGAGCGAGCCCGCGCCACACGCAGCCGCAGCCACAACCGCCCCGCCCCGCGACGCGACGACCCGACCCACCCCCCCGCCCCGCCGCGGCCCUGCACCACACGCGCUCACACGCGCUCACACGCACGCACACGCUCACCGCCCCCUCGCCCCGCGGCGGCCCCGGGGAUGGCGGUGCUGGCGCUGGCCCUGGAGGGACUCGCCAUCUUCGGCCUCGUCCUCUUCGUCGUGCUCUGGCUCAUGCACUUCAUGUCCAUCAUCUACACUCGUCUACACCUCAAUAAGAAAGCAACAGACAAACAGCCAUAUAGCAAACUCCCUGGUGUUUCACUUCUAAAGCCGUUAAAAGGUGUGGAUCCUAAUCUGAUAAACAACUUAGAAACCUUCUUUGAACUGGAUUAUCCCAAAUAUGAAGUACUACUAUGUGUACAAGAUCAUGAUGAUCCAGCUAUUGAUGUAUGCAAAAAGCUCCUUGGCAAAUACCCAAAUGUUGAUGCUAGACUGUUCAUAGGUGGUAAGAAGGUUGGCAUCAAUCCCAAGAUUAACAACCUAAUGCCUGGAUAUGAAGUUGCUAAAUAUGAUCUCAUAUGGAUUUGUGAUAGUGGAAUCAGAGUAACACCAGACACACUGACAGAUAUGGCCAAUCAGAUGACUGAAAAAGUAGGCUUGGUCCAUGGGCUACCCUAUGUUGCAGACAGGCAAGGUUUUGCUGCUACUCUUGAACAGGUUUACUUUGGGACUUCACAUCCAAGGUCAUAUAUUUCAGCCAAUUUAACUGGCUUCAAAUGUGUAACAGGAAUGUCCUGUUUGAUGAGAAAAGAUGUCUUGGACCAAGCUGGAGGACUGAUAGCUUUUGCACAGUAUAUUGCUGAAGAUUACUUCAUGGCCAAAGCUAUAGCUGACCGGGGCUGGAAAUUUGCAAUGGCCACACAAGUUGCAAUGCAAAACUCUGGUUCAUAUUCUAUUUCUCAGUUUCAGUCCAGAAUGAUCAGGUGGGCCAAGCUGCGAAUUAAUAUGUUGCCUGCCACAAUAAUUUGUGAGCCAAUCUCAGAGUGUUUUGUUGCCAGUCUAGUUAUUGGAUGGGCAGCCCAUCAUGUGUUCAGAUGGGAUAUAAUGGUAUUUUUCAUGUGUCACUGUUUGGCAUGGUUUAUAUUUGAUUACAUUCAACUAAGAGGUGUCCAGGGUGGUGCUUUAUGUUUUUCAAAGCUUGAUUAUGCGGUAGCUUGGUUCAUCAGAGAAUCCAUGACAAUUUAUAUCUUCCUAUCUGCUUUGUGGGACCCUACUAUUAGCUGGAGGACCGGACGCUACAGAUUACGUUGUGGAGGCACUGCAGAAGAAAUCCUUGAUGUAUAGCCUCAGCUUUGUAACUGUGAAUGUCAAAAAAAGAAGGGGCGGGGGGUGGGAAGGAAAAGUACUAUAAAUUGUUUAUAUAAAUGCUUUUAAGAAAAUCUACCUUCAAUAGUUUUAUUACUUGUAUGUUUUGGUAUCUGUUCUUUAAUUUAUUUUUGCAUGGCACUUGCAUCUGUGAAAAAUACAUCCGUCGUCUUGGCCAAAUGAUACCUUGCUCAUUUGUACAAAAGGAAAUUGAGAGAACUUGCUCCAGUAUCCAUUUUCUGUAUGGAUGCUCUGCAGCAAACUCUAAAAACAGUAUCCUUCUGGAUGGGAACAGCUUCUUACUCCAUGGCGUGCUAGUCUAGCAAAUCCAGGUAUCAAAUAGCUAUUGUCCAGCUGGAUUGCAUAAGGCUGCACCUAGUAAAAUCACAGACAAAAAUACAGCUGAUUUCUGUUAAUAUCUCACAAGAUCAAGCUCAUAACAGGACUUUGGGAAAGAAGCUCUUGAAUGCUUUAUGCCUACCUCUUCUAGUUGCUGCAGAACAAAAUGAAUGGAAAGGUAAAUAGACUUUGCAAAAACAAAAGGUAAACUAAAGCUGGAAUUUUAUGUUUAUAUGUAUAUAUGAAUUUUUUUGUCAUUGCAAUGAACCAAAAGUGGACUGAGUUUGAUAGGAUGGGUUGGAAGGAGUUAUUGGUUGGGCAUGUGUUGAAGGCAUCUUUUGGCCAACUCCAGUCUGGUUCUGUCUUGAACCUUGUUAAGCACUGUGCUGUAAUUAGACUAGCUGGUCCCCUUCACUAUUCCCAUCCUUUUUUUAAGGGGUGUUUUUGUUUUUCCUGUGAGUGACUGUUUUGAUAGGGGGUGUGUGUGUGUAUGUGAGCGUGUUUGUGUGGGACACAGUAGGGAGUGGGAGGGGAGCAGAAAUACAUUUCAGAAACAUUUCACACAUGAGCUAUUUUCUUACACAAUGUCUUAAGAAUGUAAUUUCAUGAUGCAGGUAUUUAAUAACUUUUUAAAGUGAACGUACAUGCCUAUAUUAGUCACCAAUAAGUAUUCAAUUGCAGUAGAUAUUGUGAGUAUAUUAGAGGGCCAGAUGAAUUUGCUGUUACUGAUUAAAAUUGUAAUCUUAAUUUAAAUAUCAAACUAAGUCUACUCUUGGCUUUUUGCCUUCUAUUGUUAGUCUAGCCCUUAAAUUGGAUCUUUGUAUUCCAGUAGUAUGACUAAAAGGAGUAGAUUAUACUGCAUGCUGUGUCCCUUCUGCCAUUCCUCCCUCCCAACACACACUCUUUGUAGCUUGCUUUCCAACCUCUUUGUGAGACUUCUUAAUUUGUGGUGAACUGGACUUAUUUUGUUUGAGCUUUUUUUAAUUAAAAAACACAGCAAAGUUAGAGAGGGAUGUUGCAUAAGCCUUUUGUUUUCAUAAUUGUAUUUAUGCUGCUUUCCUUUUCUUCAGAGUGGAAUAGCAUAUUGUCACCAUGAACAUGAGCUGCUAAUUGCAAGGCUGCCAGUGUCAACAUGGCAGCUUUAAAAGUUGGACAGCACUUCUAUGUCAAAGCAUAAUGUGUAGCAUAUUAGCAAUAACGAUAUAUAAAAAGGGACACGUAUACCUUACUGAGCCAAUCCCUUAACUGUCAUAUGCUACACACAAGUGUGUAUGUAGAUAUCAUAAGAUGCUCUGGGCCAAAAUACUUCAUCUUCCUUAACAUUUUUUUGCCUUAUGAUAUCACUGAAGUUUAUUUUUAAAGGGCAUUUCUAUAGGAACAAAGGCUUUUGAUGCAUGCUGUAUUCUUCUCAUGUGAAUCGGGAAGAAAGUCCUGAGGAAAGUUGCACAUUGAAAACUAGUCUAGUUGUGACCCACUAAAACACUUUCUUUUUAAUAUUAGUUCUACAUAGUUGAAUUUGGCUGACAGUGUUUGCAUCUUCAUUUAUUUCAUGAAGUUUGAUGCCAUUCAUUGUGCUGCUGAAGUGAAGCUUAGCUUGCAACUUAGCUUUAUGCUGAUUUCUAUGCAGGCAGUGAAACAAAACCAAAAAAGGCUGAACAGACUUCAUUUACAAAAAAAUGUAGGUAAGAAUAAUUGUUGUUAAUGAGUGCUCUUGCAUUAGUAGAGUCAUCUUUGGUAAAGAAAAUGAAGCAUCAUUUAAGAAAAUAGCUUGAUUUUUGGUAUUGUUCAGUUGAUUAUGAAAUAGAAAUCAACACUGUCAAAUGUUGUAGAAGGUGCUGCAACAGAACUCCUGGAAGUUUAAAAAUGGCUGAUUUUUUAAAAGUUGUGUUGAUCUACAGAUCUGUCAAAUACAC